GCAGUCUCUGCUCAUUAUUUCGGUAUUUCACACUCACAGCGUUCUUAUGUUGUGGAGACACAAAUCAGAGGAAGGGUGGUCGUUUCAGCUGCUCUUGACGAGAGAAAAUGGAAGAAGUCGAACGGUCCGGCAUGGCAUGCGUUGAUGCGGCACGUGUACAUGCAGCUAGUGAAGAAAAGAAGCUACCCGUGAUCGACUUGAGCUGUGAUGAACACACUGCAGCAGCCGUUCUUAGAGAUGCGUGCAUCAAGUUUGGCUUCUUCUACAUUGUAAACCACGGCGUUGCUGAGGAGUUCUUCGACGAGGUUUUUCAACAAGCCAAGCUGUUCUUCGGUCAGGCGACCAAAGACAAGGAGAAAUGUGCAGCGGACAGGAGGAUCUCUUUCAAAGGCUAUCAUGGUUUUGGUAACGAGACAGUGGACCCAGAAAAGCAGACACGUGGUGGUACCAAAGAAGCGUACCAUGUGGGUGUGGAGGUGAGUGCUGAGGAUGCAGUUGCUGCAGGCAGGCCGUAUGAGCCGAACCUGUGGCCAGAUGCAGAGAAAUUGACCGAAUUUCGGGACGUGAUGCUCCGCUACUACGAGAGAACGCUAGAGGCAUGCUAUCGAGUGCUCCGGAUUGUGGCACUGGCAUUGGAUCUGGACGUUGAGUUCUUCCGCCCGCUGUGCACCAAGCAUAACUCCAUCCUAAGGUUUCUGCAUUAUGACCAGACCAUUUCAGACCCGGCUAGCGGUAUUUUUGCAUGUGGAGAGCACUGCGACUACGGCGUGAUCACUUUGCUCAAGACCGACGAGGUUCCUGGCCUGCAAAUACAGUGGGAGAGUGGCGAGUGGACGGAUGUGGACUAUGUGAAGGGAGCAUACAUUGUGAACAUCGGUGACUUGUUGGAGCAUUGGACGAACGACUUGUUUCGCAGCACCAAGCACCGUGUGCUGAACAUGAGCGGCAAGGAACGAUACAGCAUUCCGUUCUUCUGCGAGAUUAACUCUGACGCUGUUGUCCAGUGCCUUCCGUCGUGCUGCAGUACCGAUAAACCUGCAAAGUAUGAUCCUGUGAGCGCAGGAGACUAUCUCACCAUGAAGCUUAGCAAGACAUAUAAGCCACCAUAAUCCUACUAUCAGAAUCAUGUGUCACGUUGCGUACAUUCCAACCCACCAGGGAGCCUGUGCUGUAUGUCGGCCAUUCAAAGGUAUAGUUUCACUGCUGUCUAGCUUACUGGUCAUGGCAAAUCUGUAUCUAUCCCACCGAUUUGUAGCUGUGGCCCGUUGGUGUGAGUAUUUUGAGUGACGGAUGCACACAAUUUAUUUGUUUUCUCCGAGUUUGCUUUCAGUGGAGUCGACUGUAUCUACCGUUAUAUUAAAUUUUAACAAAUCUUAUAGCUGAGAUUUGAGGAAAAGCCUUUUAAGGACAGGUAUAAAAGAGAGGAAGGUCAAUCGGCGCAGGAGAAUGGUACAACCACACAAAUUCAAACGGCAUUGAUACUUACAGCCUCGCGGGACAGAGAGUUGGAGACAGUCACAUUUCUCUGAUGCUCAAGUAAAGCCCAUGUAGCAGCAGCAGCAUGCAGCCUCAGCAGUUGAUGUUACAAGCAAACCUGCUUUUCCCACGAGGAUAAGCAAGCUAUCAUAAGUAUUUCUUAACAUGCUAAGCCCAAUAUCAUGACUGGAUAAGCAUGGCUAUAGGCUGUCCAAUCAAUGGCAGCCGGUUUUGAACAGCUUUAUUAUUAUCCUUGAUUCUUUCUGGCCACCUUGAUAUUAUAAUUAUAUACUGGUUGAUAUCCCAAGUCUGGCUGCAAACUAGAAUGCACUGUGACACUUAGUCCAAGUAAGUUGUUUAUUUGUUGUGGGGCCACGAGAGUCAAUGGCGAUAUCACUACCUUGAAUUGCCCACCGGAACCUAGCUUGGUGCUAGCAUGGCAUUGCCCACGGGAACCUAGCUUGGUGCUAGCAUGGAAUUGCCUCUACCGCUAAGAUUAGGAGUUUAUCUGUUUAUGGACAGGCCUGAUGAUUUCAUGUGUGCCACUUUGCUGGCUAGUCUGUAUUGGUUGCUGGCUAGUCUGUAUUGGUUGCUGGUGUCACUGCACUGUCACUGGUUGCUGACGAACUGCAGUGCUGCUCAAUGAAGUCAGAUCCGACCAGCGCAGGUUUGAACUCGAACCUCAUGAUUCGCAGGCAAGCCUACGAAUACAAACCAGUCAGCUAUGCGUUGGCGCACUGGUAAUACAGUCAGUAUCGCUUAUAGCGUUGGUCUUUGAUUUUGAGCAUUUUAUCACUAUGAAAUUGCAAUUUUAUCACUAUAAGCGAUAUAAUUAUUACUAUGACCGA